AUGCCCUUCGCAACAACCCUGGUUACUCUGGCCUCCAGCAUCGGACUGGCUCAAGUAGCUGCUCAACAAAUCGACCCGAAUCUAGGCACAUCUGGCAUGACAUGGGACCCAAUCAAUGUGGGAGCAAACAAGAGCACCAAUGCCACAUUCUCCAAUCCAGUCAUAACAGUAAAUGUUGGCGACCCGUUUAUGACCAGUACCGAAACUAGGACAGUCUUCAAGCCUGAUCCGGUUGAGGAUAAAGGACAACCAUGGUCUACCUCGCUGUGGGCACCGGAGAUACACAAUAUUUCCGGGAGUUGGUACAUGUACGUCGGUUUGCAUAUACAACAUGGCUCUUUAACAUUUUAUCCCGGAACCUUCACCGCAACUUCUGAUGCAGACAACCCACCUCAGUUGCAAGAUGCGCUCCGUCCAAUCAACUGCCCCGCUAUAAACCAUAGAAUGUUCGUUCUCGAGGGUGACGAGCCAGACCCAUGGGCAGCAGACUUCCGUCUGAAGAGUCAGCUAAACUCAUACGAUCAGUUCGCCAUUGAUGGCACAUAUUUCGUCUACGAAGACAAGCUCUACCACAUUUACUCAUGCUGGGAAAACACAUAUUCAUCAUGGCCAGCAAACCUCUGCAUCAGGUCAAUGUCCAAUCCAUGGACUGUGUCUUCGAAUUUUAGUGAUCGUCGAAUGAUCAGCGUGCCAGACCGGCCAUGGGAACAAAGCCCAAAUGGACGUCCCAUCCGCCUCGCAACAAAUGAGGGACCACAACAAUUGACCAAUCCGAAGACAGGCCAGAGUUUUGUCAUAUACUCAGCUGCAAGAGUCAACACACCAUUCUACUGCCUCGGUAUGCUGGAGCUGGUAGGCAACGACCCAAUGGAAUACCAAUCUUGGAAGAAGCGUACGCAAGGCUGUGUUUCCCACCAAAACACGAAAACCGGUGUCUCUGGAACUGGACAUGCUAACUUCACGACAUCACCCGACGGCUCCGAAGACUAUCUGGUAUACCACGCUCAAACGGCCCCCAACCCCGCAGCGGACCUCUAUCGUACGACGCGGAUACAGAAGUUCACCUGGAACGACGAUGGCACGCCCAAUUCCCCACUGGCCGAGAACGGCCCAUCCGAUGUUUUGGCUGGCCAAAAGGCCCUGACCUUCGUGAACCUGCCUUUGGUUUACUGA